AUGGCCAGUUCAACAUCUCGCGUGCCUAAAGCAUGCGAUGCCUGCAACCGCCGUAAAGUCCGCUGUAAUGGUCAACACCGCUGCCAACAAUGUGAACAUCUGGAUCUGCUCUGCACCUAUACAGAGAACCACUCGGCCCGGUCAAGGAAGAAUGCCAUGCACAGAGGUGCAGUGAUAUCCAAAUACAAGAGUGGCACUCCCAAGUCCACCAGCUUGAUACCACUUUUGCCCUUGACAAGCCGGCGACUACCAACCUCUUACUUCACCAGCCUGAUCCCAGACUAUAUGACCUACGUAUACCCUUUCAGUCCAAUCAUAACCGACAUCGAAGUGCGCCAUUCAAUCAGCCAAAUGGACACCGAAAGAGAACAUGCAGCCUUUGUCUACGCCUUUACAGCAGUAACCCUGGACCUGACACGGGCAUCCCAAUCCCAAUCCCACUCCCACUCCUCACCACCCUCAACAUCAACCUCCAUUCAAAUCUCCGAAUUGCUUCGUCAAUCCGUGGAAUCCCAACAGCCCCUCUCAAUAGGCUUCCGUCCCUCAAUCCUACGCGCCAUGACAAGCAUCUUCGUCCAAAUGUGCGCCAUGAGCCUGGGCCACUACGACCUAGGCUUCUUCUACCUCCGCGAAGCAAUAACCAUGAUCCAAAUCCUAGGCGUAGACAAGACAACCAACCUCUCCGACCUGGACAUCACUGAGCGCGCCCGCCGCCAACGGCUCUACUGGCAAUGUUUCAUCCACGAGCGCUUCAUGUCGAUAGUAUACUUCUCGCCCGUGACGUUGCCGCCGCAUGCACAGUUCCCCGAGGAAGAUCCUGUGUCGCUGUCGCUGGGCGGUGGCAUCCAGCAGGGCUGGACGCAGGUCAUCAAGACGUUCUGUAUGCUGGAUGCCGCGUUUAUUAGUCUUUGGAUUGGGGAUCGCUCGCAGGUGACCGCGGCCUGGGUCGAGGCUAAGCAUCGGGAGCUGGAUGAUGAGCUGUGGGAAUUGGAGGUUUCGACCCUGAGUGAGCUGCAGCAGGCGGAUCUGGUGGUGACGAGGCAGUGGAUGCGCACGUUGCUUUGGCAGAUGGCCAUGUCCAAUUGUCUGUUGUCUAGUCAUGCCUCUUGUCCUUCGUUGGAGCUGGAGAUGCCCUUGCAGCUGUCGAGUCAGCUCAGAGGGUUCUUGACCAAGAUCUCGCAGAAUACCAUUCGCGUACAUGGCUCGUCGAUGAUUAGCAAGUUGUUGGAGAUUAUUAAUACCAUUGCCGAUGUUGUGAUUCAUGUUCCGCAGGCGACGCGGGAGGAGACGACUGGUCGCAUUGAGGAUAUUGUGUUUAUGCAAGGGGUGGUUCUCUCAUUUCAUAAUCUGCAGCUCAUGUCAAAGAAUAUCUUGUUGGAUAAGUUUCGGGUCAUUCGGGCGAGGUUUUCACAUAUCGAGGGGGCUUCACAGCUGGCUGUUUAG